GGAAAUUCAAAGACUCAAUUGCUCUGGGGGUUUGCAAUUCCAACAGUCCGAAAAUUAAGCUACCAUGUCUGCGCCAGAAGAAGACGAGAAAGUGGUGUACAUCACGCCCUUGCUCAAGCGCCUUUGGCCCUCGCCUUCGGACGAGAACGUGACUGCCAGCGAAGUAGCUUCGGCUAUAUCACAUAUCUUCACCAACAGCCUGACGCCUGUGCAGACAGGAGCUCUUUUGACGGCUCUCCACUUUACUGGACUGGAUACACGAGCAGAUGUUCUGUCCAAAUGUUCGCAAGCAAUGCGAAACGCUGCGGCGCGCAUUGAUAAGAAGGCUAUAAGAGAUAUUAUUCGAAAACGAGGAAGGAUAGAGGGCUCGUACAAGGGGGGUUUAUGUGACGUGGUGGGCACGGGCGGAGACUCCCACAACACUUUCAACAUCAGCACUACAGCCUCAAUUGUAGCAUCUUCACUGCUUCUGAUUGCUAAGCAUGGGAAUCGGGCCUCAACUUCGAAGUCUGGAUCGGCGGACUUGCUGCAGAAUAUACCACCCAAGGCUCCAGCGUUAGCAAAAAUCACACCUGAAAACCUUCCAACGCUCUAUGAGAGCACGAACUAUGCUUUCUUGUUCGCGCCCACAUUCCACCCCGGAAUGCGCUACGUGAUACCCAUCCGAAAGCAGCUAGGCUGGAGAACCAUUUUCAAUCUUAUGGGCCCGCUCUCGAAUCCUGUAGAUAGUACAAGCUCUGCGGAUGAUUCGCACACCGCUCAAUCACUCAUCGAGGCCAGACUGAUAGGGGUUGCUCGAAAGAGCCUGGGCGAAGCGUUUGCACAGUCGUUUGUCCUAUCAGGAGCUCGCAAAGUCAUGGUCGUCUGCGGCGAAGAGGACCUUGACGAGCUGAGCUGUGCUGGUCCGACGCAUUGUUGGAAAGUCAAGGAGACGCCAAACCCGGAGUUCAAAGGCUCUGCAGAUCCUGACGAUGACGAUUAUACAACCUCAGAUGACGAAGCGCCGCCGAGGUACAUCUCCAAAAUCGAGCACUUCAUCCUCACGCCCGAGGACUUUGGGUUCCCACGUCACUCGCUGAAAGAAGUUGGACCGGGGAAGGAGCCGCACGAGAACGCAGCGAUCCUUAUGAAGAUCUUGAAAGGGGAGAUGCCGGCUGAUUCCCCAGUCAUGCAUUUCGUACUGAUCAAUUGCGCGGCAUUGUUCGUGGUCAGCGGAAUAUGCGACGCAGACGAGAGUAACAUGGGGCCCGGAGAUGAUGGAAAGGUCAUCAAAGAGGUCGGACCGGGAGGUGGAAGGUGGAAGGAGGGCGUUAGACGAGCAAGGUGGUGCAUUGAAAGCGGAGCGGCGUUGAAAAGUCUCGAAAAGUUUGUAGAGGUCACAAAUGCUUUGUGAAGGGGAAAUGACCCGUCCACGUCGUCGACUGUGAAACAAUGCCAAAUGUUGGCGUCUGGCUUAGUCUCAGUGUACCGGAACAGCAUAACUCAUGGCUCUAAUGGACAUCGUUGCCUGG